AUAUAUAGACACUUGUUAUGUUUAGGAGACCACCUUAUAUGCAUUGCAUUGCCCUCCUGCAAUCUUCAUAUUUCUUUGCAGAUCCCACACUUCUUAAAAGCAGACAGUAGUCCAGCUAGCUAGCUAGCUAUUUCACUUGCUUUCCAGAAAUGAAGAAAAUUGUAAUAAAAGUGGCUAUCAAUUGCCAGAUAUGCAAGACAACUUUAUUAAAAGCGGUGACCAAACUUUCAGGUAUAAUUGAAGUAGCGGUGGAUGGGGAGAAGGAAUUGUUAACAGUAGUAGGGGAAGCGGACCCGGUUAAAGUGGUAAAAAAGUUGAGGAAGUUGGGUAAACCAGCCGAUGUUGUGAGUGUUGGACCUCCAAAGGAAGAAGAAAAAGAAAAAGAAAAAGAAAAAGAUAAAGAUAAAAUUCCCUGUUGCAUCCUCCCUCCUUGCUGUAAUGACUGUCAGCUUGUUGGCGUUGGAUCAUUUGCAUCUGAUUAUGAAUAUGGCAGAAUUUGCAAUAUCAUGUGAACCAAAAAAAAAAAAAAAGAAAAAAAAAAGGGAAAAAAUCAAUAUAUAUGUAUGGGUAUAUAAUUACCCCGAGGAAAACCGUACUUCCAUUUCGUUGGUGAAGAAAGAAUUUUGCAUAAAUUUUACAUGUGUUUAAUUACGAGCUGGGAGAAAGUUAUUGUAAUACUGAAAUUUCGCCUUGUUUGAGGGUUUUAAUUUAAUGCCAUUGAAAUGUUGGUUAAUUUUUAA